AUGGGGGCUAGGAAACGAAGCUUCCCCUCUCCCUAUGAAGCAACGCAACGAGCAUCGCUACCAGAUUCACAAUUACAGACCGCUAUGGCCUACAAUGCAUCGGCAUUUGUCCUCGGUGGAGAAUUCACAUCUGUUUGGCCUUCUUCGAACUAG